AUGGAUGGAGGCUAUGGCAGCGCGGGCGGCGUGAGGGGUUGCCAUGGUUUCAGCGUGCAGUUAUUUGUGUUGGAAGAGGAAGCCUCAUGUGCUUUCGUUCUUUACAGAUAUGAUUACAUUUGACCACAUGUUCGCUCAUCAAAACUCAGCGACCGUCGGGAACUUAGACGACGAAGAAAGAACUGCACCUGGAAGAACAUUCCACGUGUUCUUAUUUAGUCGAAAGGAUCUAUGAUUUUUCUAUGGAGAGCAAGAAGGAUGAAAUCAACUGGAAGUCUGGAGUGGCUUGCAGCGCACCUACUACUGCACCUACUGUAAGUGGGAGUGAUAUGAAAUAUAAACUGUUAAAUAAGGAAGAAAACAAUCACAAUUUUAUAUAUGUAAAUAAAAGAAUACAUAAAAGCCAAUCACAUGUCAGUAUGCAAAUUAGCGUGACAUCAUCGCUUACCUGUCUAGCGUUCUGAAAGCGUCUGUGAGAGACUUUGAGGUCAAUCCAAGUUUUGAAUAGGGUCUUCAUAGAGUAUUAUGAAAAGAAAUACGAGAGUUUUCGUAGUGCAUCACUGACUAGAGGUCUGUCUGUACUUGGCAUGUAAAUUUGGCUUAUGUAUCUUUGUAGCGUACGUGGAGGGUCCAGAGCAAGUCUAGGACGGAUCUCACACCACCACUUGAACGUACCUCUUGGUCAGCAGAGUGUCAUAAGGACGUCUACAUUACUCAGUUAGUACAGCGACUGGAAAGUCUGCACAUGUCAGCGAUAGUGAACACACAACAGGUAACUUUGGAAAGCAUUUCUAAUGGCUGUAUGGCACAGGAACCAACCACCUGUUGCAGCCAAACAAAAUCAUCCCAGGUCUCAAAGCAACAUCAUAAAACCCAGUUGAGGAUGCUGUCUCACAGAUGGCAGAGGCUUGGUCUUCAGCCUCCAAUCCUCUGGGACACACAAGAACACAUUUCUCAACAUAAACCUGAAGUAGAAACCAGACCAGAACUGGAAAUCCACCCCAUACAGGUCAGACGCGAACGACCAGAUGAGAUCAAGACAAUCAGUAAUUCCCUUUGUAGCAGAUCCAAUAACGAACCUCUUGAAGGAAAUGCAAUUGAACCAUCCGUAUCAGUUGAAUCUGAAAACAGUGACCUCUCUGACCAAGAGAAAUACAAUAAACCUAUAUUAAAAUGGGAAACUGCUGUAGAAUUGGACCUGAGGCCAGACUUAUUUGAUAGAGAUCUAGAUCCUACAGUGACUGGAGAAGAAGAGCAAGUGUAUCCUGAGGUUCUUCCAUUUCCACUUAAAGAUCUCGACUUUAGUCAAUUCCAAGCCACAGCAGAUGAUUUGGAGAGCCAGCACAACUUGUGUUUAACUGACCCUUGUCUCCCAGCUAUGGCUGCACGCAUGAUGAAACUGGAGAAACUUCAGACUGCGACUAUACAGAAAGAACAAGGGAAAGUGGUGAGAUCUCGUCCAACAACUGCUUUAGUCCGAAGCGCCAACCGUCUGAGACGUGUGGAAAGCCCUUGUUCUCAGGUAGAACACUCGAGGACUAAAGGCAACAAUUCAGUUUUAGAAGAUGUAACAAAACUCGCCCUUUCUUCAAGCUCUCGUUCAAAGUCUAUGCAUCAUAAUCACCCCUCGCCAUAUGCUGGAAAGAUGUGGAUUGGAUUUCAGCAACCACCUAAGAAACUACACUCUGGUGCGGUAAAAUUAAAAAAGACUGAUGCCCUUGUUCAAGAUCUUGUUCAUUCGAGCAUGCCACAAAAAUGCUGUAGUCCAAAUAGCUCGAAGAGAUGCAAACCCUCAAAGAAAGCCAUGCCAAAGUCUCAGAAGACUACUGAAAAAACUGGUGUUCCUGCUAAAGCUCUUUGCAGGAAAACAUGAUAUAAUUAUUUUGAAGGGUUUUAAGCUUUAAGAUUGACAGUGUGUAAUUACCUGUGUGCAUGUUACUGUAUUUAAUCUUCCAAAUUCAAAGUUGAGCUCCAUCAAUAACAUUUGUGGCAUGCUGUCAGUUACCACAGAAAAAUAACUUUAGUUUUGGGGAAAAAAAACCCAUCUUACACAGUAACCCAAAACAUUUCUUCAGUAGCUGUUUGUUUUUUGUGGGCUUUGAGGUGCUUUUUAUUGAUACAGACAAGUGAUAAGGAACUUGCGCUAACCACAUGCAUCAAAAUUAAUAGGAAUACAGUGUUAUAAACACUUCUACAUAAAAAUAAAAUAAAACCAGAUUACA